GACGUGCUGACGUUAGACGUGUGAACAACAAACAGUUGUUGGACUUCAACAAGCUAGCGAAUGGUAACGCUAGACAAAAACAGGUCCAACGUACUUCUCCCGGAUAGAGAGGCGCCUACGGAACCCAUGCGAUCGGAACAUCUUUAUAAUUUCGUAAUAAUUAGCGCAUCAGUACCGGCAGGUGUAGCUUCGGCACGGUUUCCUAGCGCUAACGUUAGCCACCUAAACCUGCUCAUUGCUCGGAGUGUGACGCCUGUUUUUUUCCUGUCUGCCGCUGGUCGAGGGUUGUGAUGUGAGCCGAGUUGCAGCACGACAGAGGGUGAGACUAGAGCUACAGCCGGAAAACAUUUGUCUUGAAACAGAAGAAUGGACUUUCUCGGCGAGAAACAGACGACCUCACGUAUAGAAGCGGGUAUGCGACCGUACACGGGCCUGGAUGUCAUUGUUGGGCAACAACUUUAGCAAGCUAGCUAACAUUAGCUCGCUCAAAUCCAUGCAAAUGAAUUGGUUUGGUGUCGGGCAGUAAGCUCACUUUGCUAGCGUAAUGGAGGCACCCUGAGUGACUUGUACAUUUCAAUUGACUGUCCUGGUCCUCUCAAAUACUGCUGGCAAUGUGCUGACGACCAGGGAGCAUUUCGUCGGUUCCCACUUGGAGCAAUAGGACACGGUUGGCAGACAUUAUUAAGUGGUGGUUGCCUGCCUAGCUGAUAGUUGAGCAAAGUUGCCUGGUUUGACAUAUAAAUAAUUACUGAAACAGUAUCUAUUUCACAUACAUGUAGACAUCACAUAUUUCUUGUAUUGAUAUUGGUUUGAAAUUGCACUUUAUUUAUCACAUGUUUAAGGAUGCACCAAAGUAACCUGUGAUUUUGGGAUUGUAAAAACUAUAAUUCAUUUAACCCCAAGUACAACAAACUAGUUAAACUAUACGUAUAACUUUCUGAAUGCACUUGAAUAUAAUUUGGCCAAUAAAGCAUAGGUGCACAUUUACAUAUAUUGUUGUGAGGCAAAGGCCAGAGACAGGCUUAUCCAUGUCAGUUGGUUCCUAGUUACUGUUUAACCCAAUAUCUAGGCUGUCUGGCACAGUUAAAGACGCAAGUUUCACUGGAAAUGAAAACAUGAAUAUCGAAGAGCAGUGUCUAGAUUUGUGCAAUGUCAAGACAAAAAGCAAUCUGGACGAUGAUCACAACACUGCCAACAACACAGAAGGUAUCACCCCCAGGAUCUCUGAACUGAUGACGGACAGUAACACAGAAAAACAAAACAUUGUUCCCACAGAGGCCUCCGAAACGUACCUGAUGCCUCAUCUCGCUGACAACCUUCAGGCAGCUGAGGAGGACAACCACCAGGCACAAGACACACUGGAAAUUGAUGAGGUCAAUGGAAACAGAAAGAGCAGUGCUCAAGACACCCCUGCAGUAGUGAAUCCCACUGACUUGAUCUUUUCUAAUGAUGAGCAGCGCAAGGACGAUAUUGGGGUGGAGAACAUGAAGGAUACUGAUCCUGCAACGUUUGUUGUGGAAGAAGGGGAUGAUGGUGGGGACAUGGACAUAGGUGUGGAUCUAAGUCUUGAUGAGAGUGGGGUGUUGGAGGCUGAAUCAACAAAUGUCAGAUCAUUCUCAGACAAAACUUUAGAAUCAGAGUCCACCACGUCUCAGGAUGUCCCAGCUGGCAGCACGGCAGAGAGCCCGUCAGACGCAAGCCAGACAAGCAGCAUAGUAGCUUCUGCCACAGACCAGGCUGGACUGUACCCUUCGGUGGAGGAGGUUGGCGAUAAACACAAACCAAGUGGCAAAAGGGUGACUUUUCCCUCAGAUGAGGAUAUAAUCUCUGGAGCUGUGGAGCCCAAGGACCCCUGGAGACAUGCUCAGAAUGUGACGGUGGAGGAGAUCCUCUCUUCCUACAAACAAGCUUGUCAGAAACUCAACUGUAAACCCAUACCCAAAGUGCUCAAACAGAUACAGGAACUGAAAGACCUGACUCAGCGAAAUGAAUGCUUAGAUCUAAAAGGUGAGAAGCUGGACUACAAAGCAUGUGAGUCUCUGGAAGAGAUUUUGAAGAGGGUCCAGUUUAAAGUGAUAGACCUGGAGCAGACCAACCUGGAUGAAGAUGGUGCAUCAGCUCUGUUUGACAUGAUCGAGUACUAUGAGUCAGCCACACAUCUCAACAUCUCCUUCAACAAGCACAUUGGCACACGGGGAUGGCAGGCUGCAGCUCACAUGAUGAGAAAGACGAGCUCCCUGCAGUAUCUCGAUGCACGUAACACUCCCCUGCUGGACCACUCGGCUCCCUUCGUUGCACGAGCACUCAGAAUCAGUGGCAGCCUGGCAGUCCUCCACCUGGAGAACGCUGGUCUGUCUGGCAGACCGCUCAUGUUACUGGCUACAGCUCUGAAGAUGAAUAUGAACCUGCGGGAGUUGUACCUGGCAGACAACAAGCUCAAUGGCCUGCAGGACUCGGCCCAACUUGGAAACUUGCUGAAGUUCAACUACAACAUUCAGAUCCUGGACCUGCGCAACAACCACAUCCUAGACUCUGGUCUGGCCUACGUGUGCGAAGGACUAAAAGAGCAGAGGAAAGGUCUCGUCACUUUGGUGCUAUGGAACAACCAGCUCACACACAAUGGCAUGGGCUACCUCGCUGCUGCACUGCCAUGCACCCAGAGUCUGGAGACUCUGAACCUCGGCCAUAACUCUGUGGGUAACGAAGGAGUCCACAAGCUGAAAGACGGACUGAUUGGGAACCGCUCUGUGCUCAGACUGGGCCUCGCUUCCACCAAACUGUCCUGUGAAGGAGCUGUGGCUGUGGCUGAAUUCAUCGCUGAGAGCCCCAGACUGCUGCGCCUGGACCUUCGAGAGAAUGAGAUCAAGACAGGUGGACUGAUGGCCCUUUCACUCGCCCUAAAAGUCAACACGUCUCUGCUGCGUCUCGACCUUGACCGGGAGCCCAAGAAAGAAACUGUAAAGAGCUUCAUUGAGACCCAGCGCGCCCUGCUGGCUGAGAUCCAGAAUGGCUGCAAGAGGAACUUCAUCCUGGCUAAGGAGAAGGAGGAAACAGAGCAGAAGAUGAGGCAGUCAGCAUCCAUGGCUGAAAUCGCCACAGAGGAUGGGACCACAGAAGAAGAGGAGGAAGAACCAGCAGCAGAGGAGAGAGGGGACAAAGGGGGGAAAGAGGUAGAAGAAAAAUGUGAAACGCCAGGAAAUGAAGGACAAACAAGCAGCGAGUCAGGAGACAGCAAUGAGACUACCAUUCCUGAAAUGAUCCUGGAGUCGGACUCAGACACUGAGGAUGAGGAGGAUGAGGAGGUGGUAACAAAGUCCUCUUCCACGUCAAACUCCUCCCCUCGCUUAAAUCAGACUGCUCCUCAAAUCCAGACAGGGGUUGCACAGCCCUUCCUCAGUGCCUCGUGUACAUCCUCAACCCUGUCUGCCUCACCUACUGGCAGCCCGAGUGUCAUUUCCGGCAUCACCGUCACAGAAUCUGCAGUUCCUCGUGGCACCCCUCCAUCUCCUGGUCGCUGUAUAUCUGUCUCUAGUCCAGGGAGGGGUCACAAGAUCUUCAUGGUAACUCGGGUGGAGAGCCCCCCUGAGCAGCUACAAUUCCAGAUGAGUGCACCGGCAGCUCCCAGCCAGGCUAAAGAGGCCUCAAAGAAGCCGGUAGACGGGAGCGCACCCACGACACAGCCGACGUGGCCACCGCCCUCAUCUCAAACACCUACACAAACACAACUGACACAGGCGGACUUGAAGGAGAGCUCAGCUGCUCCGUCAACAGACUGUAAACUCAAAGAUCAGAGUCCUGUAGCACACUUAGAGUCCGCAGUAAAUACUACACUAGAGCCACAGUCUACAAGUCAACCCACAGAGGAUGCGACAGCUAGCACUUUAGACCCAGAAUUGACAGAUCCAAGUCAACAAGCACUAGUCCUGCCAUCAAACUCCUCAUCUGCGCAGGCUGUAGCAUUUCAGCUCACUAAGGAGGUAAUGGAGAGCAUUAAAAGCCCCCAACCCAAGCCCACUUGUGUUGAGGAAAAGAAGGAAGGAGAGGAGGAGGAAGGUCUUAUAGAAGAUUUUAGUCAAACCCAGACUAGUAUCCCUGCAGAACAAUCGCAGCAGCCGUUAACAAUUGCUCUUGAACAGCUACAGGAUGAGCUAUCAACUGCAUCAGAGGAGAGCCAGUUACCAAACCAAACAGAAGAAGAGGAGGCCCUUCCAAAAGAGGAGAAGCAGGAAGCGCCAGCCGACUUGUCAGAAAAUGAAAAACCCAGUUUAACAGAGAAAGAGGACAGCCAGCCAACCCAAGAGGAACCGUGUCCAAAGCAAACGGAGGCAGAUGAACAGGCAACAGAGCCUGUUCUCUCUAUCCAGACUGAUCAACAGGAACCAUCUGUCACUCAAGGUGGAGCUCAGGAGUUAAAUCCUCCAGCAGGAGAAGCCUCAAAGAGUCCCGAACCAGCCUCGACCGAGUCUGUCUCCCCAGUCAAAGACGAGGAUUCACCCGAUGAGAGCUCUGCAGAUGAAGACGAGUGUUUUGCCGAGGAUCCGGAGGAGGAGAUAGUCGGUUCAGCUUUACCCAACGGCCUGAAGCCUGAGUUCUCCCUCCAUCUUCUGGACGCCGAAAGCCCCAAGCCCGGCAGCUGUGUGAUGGAGCACGUGAGUGUCAGCUGUGGACAAGACCUGGAGGAGCUGCUGCUAGAAGCCAGUUUGGAGACGGGGAGAGACGCACCAUGAGGUGCACCAUGAGGUUUUGAGAGGGACGGCGAGAACGGGAGAAAACGGCACCGUCGAUAGUUUGUCUGGCUCUACUACAUGACAAGUUGCCCUGCAAUGUUUUUGUCUUUUCUUUGACUUUACCAUCCACACAACCUUUCCAUAAAGGACAAAAGACCCGGUAUUAACAGUCAAAGCUCUGAAAAUACAAGCAAAUUAGAGAAAGAAACAAAUAAAUACAAAAUCGACUUCUGGAGCUUUGCUGUGACAAAAAAGAUGCCCUCUACAUCCACACUACGUCAACCACAGAAACAGUUACAUAUGCAUAUUAUGCAGAAGAGAGAGAGGAAAAAAAAAAGAGAAAUAAAAUCACUCUGUUAUCACUACAUUUCGUCAAUCUGCAAUCUUUAUAGACAAGCAGACGCCUGUGAGUGAGACAGAAGAGAGCUGGGGGGUUAAACACUAACCAAAGACGGAACACAGACCUUUCUCACAGCCCUCCUGUUGCUCUCUUGUGUAGAUUUCCACUGUAGUUGGAGGAAUAACUAGCAAUUCUAUAUAUAUAUAUAUUAUUUUUUUUUUUUUUUGUCAUAACACAUACACAAAGACAUAACAGUGAUAAUGAGAAAAGUGGGGUUGAUGGCACAUUCACAAGACAAAAUAGCAUUGACGGGCCCUACUGAGCGGACCUGCUGGCUUUAAACACUUGUUCUAGAGGUGGAUGUAGGUCACUAUCAAAGGCUUUUAUAUCCGAGGAAGCUGAAGAUGUUAACGUGUCUGUUAAAAUGUCAACGUUUUAUGUCAGUUCCCAACUCCUGACCAUUUCUCUCCCUUCUGGGAAAGAAGAACUUUUAAGGGACCUCUGCCAAAGUGACUUCCCUCUCUGUGUUUUCUCCUCCUCUGCUCACUUUGGCCCCUCAGGAAUCAGCGUCCCCCUCCGGUCAGUCUUCUCAGAUCUGAUGUGGAGGAGCUGCAACUGUCUCUCCGCCUGCCUCCGCUGCAACAAAAAAAAAGAAAGCUUUUUGAAGUCGGUAAUUUUGCUCCCAGCUGGGGAAAAAAAACCAGAAUGUCUGCGAAUGUCAGAAAGCAAGAUGUCUGCUUUUGGUUGAGUUAUUUACAUCUUUUUUUUUUCCUUGAUUCUCUACAACGCUCAGACACUAUUUUUGCUUUGUUCGACCAGUCAUUGUUGUGUCAAACUCUUUCAAGAAAAGCAGCUCGGUCUCUGUCGACAUUUCCCCCCUCCUUCCUCCUGUCCCUCAGUCUUUCACUGAUACUUUCUGCCAUCUCCCCGCUCCAGCUCAUCAUUCAUGUUGCCUUCAAAACUCACCACUUCAGGUUCAGUCUUUGUUUUUUCUUUUGGGCUGCUUUGAGAAAUCACUUAUUUUCUAUUUAUUUUAUAGCUAUAUGAGCCUUUUCUGAUUUACUUUUCCCCCUUUUUUUUUCUUCACCUCCAUCCUCAUUUUAUCUUUUUUCUUUUCCAUUUUGGGGGUUGCUUUUAAAGAUGAACCCCAUUUUGUUGAUGUAUAUUUCAGAUUCAAACUAGAGCAAAUAUUUAGUUUUGUUUUUUAGGGGGAGGGAAAGGUAAUCUGUGUUGGAAGAAAAGGUAAAUAUGGUUGAAUGGUUGACUAUAGCAGUCGGGGUGCAGUAAUGAAAGCAAACGCACGAAUUCAGCAAACAUUGGUUCUCAUCAAAGUCCUGGUUGUUUCAACACUACUGUGCUGGGUGAGGCUGUGGCCACAAGGUGGCAGUGGUGGUUGUGUUGUUUUCUCACAGAGGAGACAGAAGUGAAAGGAUACCACAGUCUAAACAACAUCGUAUACAACACACUGCAGGCGCUGAUGUCUCUGCUCAAAUACAACUUCUGUCCUGAAUUUUCCCAAGCAAGGAUUUAGGAAGAAACUUCACACGAAAUGUCAACUUCAUGUAUGUUCGUGAAGAGAGCUGCUUUGAUUAUUUCCUGAAGCAGAUACGGGCAGGUGUGUUGUAUUUUUUAUUUUUUUUUCCUUCUUAAAAGGAGCAGCAUUCAACCCUCCUGCUCCUCUUCACCCAAGCGAUAGUUUGCCCCCGCUGUUUGUUAUGCUUUAAUUUUUAGAAAUUUUUAAUAAUAAUUUGUUAACUUAAUUGAAAUGUGCUGGUAAUCACAAAGAUAUGUAUGGCGAAAUUUGUUCCUCUCAAAUAAAUGCAUGUAAUGACUAAAUGAUAUGACUGAAUGUUUCAAUGCCUGAACUCUGCAGAUGGAAAAAUGUGUUUGGAUCAAGUUUGGUUGGGAUUUUUGGACACAUCUAGUGAAUUUUGAAACCUACAGAGAUGUUUUGCAGGAAAUGGAGUCAAUACAUCACUUGUAUACAAAACAAUUAAUUAUUUAAUACAAUAUUAAAAAGUACAGUCCCUAUAAGUGUUCUUUUUUUUUUUUGACUUUCUGUUGGUCAGUACCUAACAAAAAAAUAAAUACAUUGCUGUGGUUCAGUCCAGGGAGGUUGGAAACCUCACUGUGAGUGACCGAGGGGCUGUCAGUGUAGAAUGACAAUCAUGUUUUGAUAUAGUUAGACAUCAGGUGGGUGGUUUGUGUGUUUGGCACUAAUGCACAACCCCUCGCACUGCAACCUCUGCAUAGAAAAGCAAAAAAAAAAACAUGUUUCUGCAACUCAAAAUUAAAAAUUUCAGACAUUCCCCCAAUGUUUGCUUUGGUUUCUUUGGUCCAAAAAAUGUGAUAUUUGAUUUUCUACAUAUUGCCCAGCCCUAGUGUCAAGUCCCGGAGGCCGGAGUUUCUCAGUCGAAAUUACCACUUUGAUAUUGACGUGAACACUGUUUACCAGUCGGAUACUCGUAAUUACGACAACUCCGAUAUGACAUGAACGUGUCAUUAGACACCGCAAUGACUGAAGUCCGUAAAAUGACAAAUACAUUUUCCAAGUUCUAAUCCACUCCCUGUGUUAAUUGUUCAUGUUUCUCUUGUUACAUGCUAUAUGUGUUGAAAAUUUUUAUCUUAUCUUAUCUUUUAUCAAAAUUCCUCUUUCUGUAAAACAAAAAAAUAUGUUUGAUGACCCAUCUUGAACUCUGUGCAGUAACAUAAAUGUUUCCAAUCAAAUGUGAUUUUGGUUUAGCGUUAGUGUGGGUAGCUAGCAGAGCAAUAUCCUAGUGAGAGAUGAUGGAUUUCAGCUGGCAAAACCUUUGUUCACAUUUCCAAAGAAUGUGGCAGUGAGUAGCUUGUUGACUUCCUGACCCACUACUGCAUUGCUUGAUGUCAGUUUUUUGGCAAAAUACUGUGUAACCAGCAGGCAAAGUUCACCCUAAUUUUCUUUAAAGUUUGAAAUGUU